GUGCUACAGUUAGACUGCGCACAGAACAUUAUGAUGUAGGACGAGAUAAAAAAAAAGACAUUUUAGACUAUGAACCAGGCUGCACGUCUGUGUGAUGACACGUCUCCGCCUCUUCUGCUUUCAAAUUGUGAAGCCACAGGCGCAGUUCUGCAGACGGAGUUUCCGGAGCUGCAAUCUCGCACGCUUGCGUUUUGCCUCUGAACGAUGAAGGAGCAAGCCUGUGCGGAAGAGAUCGCGAACAUCCUGCAAGAGGCCCCGGCGGCACGGAAAGCGCUUCUGGACAACUACAACAACCUGCGCAAUGUGGCCGAGUACUGCGAGAGCAGCUACCUCCAGGCAGGCGGGGAUUCGAUUAAAUCGCUGGAGGAAACCAAGGCCUUCACCACUCAGUCUUUAGCAAGCGUGGCCUAUCAGAUUAGCACACUAGCCACCAAUGUGCUCAAACUGCUGGACGCUCAGUGCUCCCAGCUCCGUCACAUCGAGUCCAACAUCAACCUCAUCGGCUUGACUGUUGACAUGCACCGGGAGAAGGUGGCACGUCGAGAGAUCGGUGCUUUCACCGUGGCUAAGAGAUACUCGAGGAGCAGCAAAGUCAUCCCACCUGCAACCAGCAAAGAUCCCAAACCCAAAUACAGCCGUACGCCCAUCUCCUACAGCAGCCUGGACACACUAGGGCACGGCAUGAAGGACUCGAAGCCACAGGAAAGAAAAGCGACCAUAAACCGCAAACAUGGCGGCACACUCAGUAGAAACCGUCCUACGGAGUGUCCUGUGGCUCCCACUUUGACUCGUGGAGCAUCUGUAACCUCUCUCAGUGACAAAUCCAUGACCUCCAGUUUCGGUAAAGCCGUUCCUCCUCCAGUCGUGCCCAGCUGGCCUAUGACCCCUGAGGCUGACAUCAUCAGCACACUGCUGGAGGACACGCCUCCACCGCCGCCCCCACCGAUGGACGGCGAAGAGGGGGUGGGGUCUGAGCUUGUUGUAGCUCCACCCCCUGCUCCUCCCCCUGACAUGUGUGACUUCCUCCCUCCGCCACCUGUGAAUCCUAUGGAGGAGAACCAUGAGCUAGAACCCAUUCCUCCGCUGGAGACAGUGCCUGAAGAGAACGGCCUUCCUCCUCCUGACACUGAUGGACUCCAUCUUCCCGCUCCUCCUCCUCCUCCUCCACACUCCAUGGAGAACGGGGAAGCUCGUCGCUCUCGCCGUUCUCGGGGGCGUCGCCCUCCCAGCACCCGCUCUCUCUCUCUACGGCUCCGCUCAGGCUCCGCCCCCCGUCCGCUGCACAUACGCUCGCUCUUCCUGCCCAACAGCCAAUCACUCAUUAUCCCCCCGCCCCCUCCAUACCCACCUCCUCUGGCUCCGCCCACUCUGAGCUCUCUGUGCCGGAUUCCCGCUCGGCUGCAGCACCUGGACCUGGAGAUUCCGGCUCCUCCUCCGCCUCCACCCAUGGACUGCAUGGAUGGUUUUGAUGAAGUUCCUCCUUUACCUCCACCUGUGGACUACGACACCUCUGCUCCUGCACAAUACCUGGAGAAAGUGGUGGCUCUCUACAGCUAUGAACCGGGCAAACCAGGGGACUUGACCUUUCAGGAAGGAGACGUGAUCUACCUGACUAAGAGGAAUGAUGACGGCUGGUGUGAGGGCGUCCUGAAUGGAGUAGGGGGGUACUUCCCUGGAAACUACGUAGAGACCAUGAGCUAAAUGAGCGCUGACUGAAACACAGUUUAUGGCAAAACAUCAGUAAGAAGAUUUUUUUAUAGCAAAAGGUUGAUGUGGUAUUCAGAGAAAUGCAAAAUAUAUGUUUGAUUAUUGCGUAUGUGAUACAAACUGAUUUUAUAAAAUUAUAAAUGCACUGUUUUCAGUACCCUCAUUAUUUUUUUAAUUAAUACUGUAAUAAUUUAAGUAUUUAUUAACACCAACUAAUAGACGGAUGAACCUGAAUCAAUCAAGUCUGCGUGCCAACAUGCCUUCCCCUCUCCGUUUCGGCUUUAUUAAUUCUUUCAUUACUUUAUCAAAUCAGUUGAAGUUGGUUACAUGAGGGAUCAACCUCACAUGGGAGCAUGACUUUCCCAGAAUGCAUUGCUAUGGUGUGUUUACCCUUAAAAAUGGGGGAUGAUGUCUAAACAAGAUCAGUCAUCUUCGUAAAUAAAAUGUAUAUGUACAUAAUAAAUAAAAUGUCUCUACAUGGAACUUUACUGGAAUUCGAUGUGGUUUUUAGACACUUCGCAUAUUAUGUUUCACAUAGUUUUCAAAUGUAGUGCAUUAUUUAUUUUUAUUCCUUAAAGGGCACCUGUCCCUGGACGACUAGUGGUUAGGCCAUGACGCUCUCAUGACCAUGGUCAGGGGUUCGAUUCCCGGCCAGGAAAUCAACCCCAGCACACGACAGUCCCAAGCUGGUCCCAAGCCCAGAUAAAACGGGAGGGUUGUGCCGGGAAGUGCAUCCGGCGUAAAAUCCGAUAUACGGACCAAUGAUCCGCUGUGGCGACCCUUAACGGGAGCAGCCUAAGGAUGAAGAAGAACAACAACAAACAGCACUUCUUGAGAUUUUUGUAGUUUGUACAAAAUCGCUGGGGUGUGUUUGGGGAAAAGAAAGAAUUUUCAAUUCUUUACUGGAAUUGCAGUUCACCUUACACGCAGCAGAGGGCAUGAAAAAUGACACAUCGCUCCUUUAAAGAUCACAGUGUGUGAGUGUGAAGGACAAUGCGCUCAUUUUCAGGAUCGAUAUCCUGGCAAAUGUUAUGACUGCUACUAGAGGACAGAAAAUAUACAAACGGCCAUGUUCUAGCACCUGAUAAAGAGUGUGUUUUAGUAACGUCCGUGCUUGGGUGGUCAGGAAAUUGCCUAACCUGCCUUACAGUCUUUAUCUUGAAGACAUCACAAGUGCAGGCACUGUGACUUUAACCAGCACAACAUGGUAAUAAACUCUAAGGUGUGUGUGUAGCCAAGAGUGCCCUUUUUUUAUGAUAAGACUCACUCGACGUCGGAGUACCGGGCCAGACGAGAUCAUCUGAUCACCUGAUCACCUGAUUACCUGCGGCCCUUCAGAUCCACUGAAAGACUUUGGCCGUAUCUUCUAUAAGAUGAGUCCCUCGGUUCCUGCGAUCUUUCGCGUUUUCCAAAUCUUCAUCCCGACAUUCGCUGUGAUUAUAUUCUGCACAGGUUUGUGUAAAUGUUUCCUGCAAAGUCGGCGGAGGAGGCAGGAAGAGAGACAGCUGGCACGAGCAACAGCACGUGCUCGGGAACACCCACGGUCCGUCUACAUCAUCCCCUUUUCACCGUCUGACGACCAUCAACAUGGCCCACCAUGCUACAGCCUGGCAGAGGAAUACACCCCCCCUCCAGCUUAUCAUGAGUUGGUGAAGCCUGACUACUGUUGUGAUCCUCCUCCUUCGUAUACAGAAUCCUUCAGUCCUACGUUCUCUUCCAACUCAGGUGACAUAACUCCAUCCUGUCCUUCAGUGUCGGAGUAAGAGAACAGUGCAAAGUGAAGGACUGUAACUGUGCAACAGAAAGCUGAAAAUGUCCUUCCUUCCAACACACCGAUGAACAAAUCAUGGAGAUUAAAAGCCAUAGCUGCUAUUUUUCUACUUGGGAAUUGAAAUAGUGUACAUAUUUGUAAUAUGUGUAAAUAUAUUUUCUUAGUUUUGUAGAUGAGCAGCAGAUGUAAAUAAUGGUCAAAAAAAUGUGAUGACUUCCUGUAGAUUUUAACAUCCUGGAGAUUUUAUUUUUUAAGUUAUUCAACAAUUACAGCACUUGUAAAUGAAAGAGCACAACUCCCAGCUCAAGUAUUAAGGGAAUGUUAUAAGUUAGGAAUUAAAGGAAAGAAAAAAAAGAAAUGUAACCAAAUUUAUUCACUUAACCAAGACAUUCUGUAUUUAAUCUAUGAGGCUUAUGUUUUCACACAUUUAGUUCAAAGUAGAACUAUAAUAUCGCCUGCAUCACUUCCAGCUUCCUGCUAUAAUUCCACCUUCAAACUGUGAGAGGCGGGAGCUGGGGGAGGGCAAAAUGUUUGAUUCAGGUUGUACAAGAUGGUGGCCACCAUAAUAUUAUGGUUAUAGAUGUUCCUGCUUAUAGAGGUCUUCUACACCAACCAAACGGUUUGGGGCAGACAUUUAUGGAAAUUAUUUUGGGGGAGAUAGGUGACAUAGUGGUUAUUUUUUAAUAUAAAUGAAUAUAUUGAAGACACAGGUUAAUAUUUCGAGGCCAAAGACUAAGUAUGAAGUAAACUAAGGCUACAAAUUAUUAUGUUAUGACCACAAGAUAGCAAAGUAUAGAUCUCGAGAAACUUAACUCAUGGCCUUAAUAUAUUAACUCAUGGGCAUAAGAUGCUUAACUUGUAGCCUCAAUAUGUUAUCUCAUGACCUCGAUUUAUUAUCUUGUGGCCUCAAUAUAUUACUCGUGUCCUCUCUACAUUAUCUUGUGGUCUCAACGUGCUAUCUCGUGUCCUGACUACAUUAUCUUGUGACAUCAAUGCAUCAUCUCAUGGUCUCAAUAUACUAUCUCAUGGCCUCCUAUUUUAUCUUGUGUCCUCACUACAUUAUCUUCUGGCUUCAGUAUAUAAUUUUGUUGCCUUUAUACAUUAACUCGUGGCCAUAAGAUGCUUAUCUUGUGGCCUAAAUAUAUAUUCUUUUGUGGCCUCAAUACAUUGCCUUAUGGCCUUGCUCUGUUAUCUAUUUAUCAUCUCAGUACACACACACACACACACACACACACACACACACACACACAUAUAUAUGUGUGUGUGUGUGUGUGCUGAGAUAUCUAUAUAUCUAUAUAUUAUCAUCUCAGCACACACACACACACACACACACACACACAUAUAUAUAUAUAUAUAUAUAUAUUCAUGGCCUAAGCUCAUCUCCUGACAUUAUUUAUAUAUUCUCUAAUGGUCUGAAUAGGUUCUGAAGAUCUCAUGAUCUCAGUUUAUUAUCUCAUGGCCUGAAUAUACUAUCUUGUGGCCUCAAUAUAUUAAUUCUCUGCCUCAAUACAUUCAUUUGUGGUCACACCAUAUUAAAAAUAACCACCAUGUCAAUUCACUGGCUCUGUACUAAGGAGGAAAUGGUGCAACUGUGAUUUUUUUUCCCAUUCCUUUUUGAUUUACUUUAUCUAGCACUGAAAUAAGUAACAGCAUGUGGAUCAAUAAAUAAAUAAAGGAUGGCAUUGUAUUUAA